AUGGAUACAGAAGGAAGUAUCUCCACCAUUAAGGCUCUAUAUAUUAGAGAUUCUGAAGUCCGGCAAGUAGAAGUAAUUAUUAUUUAGUUUAUACCCAUUUAAAUUACUAUAACUCUAUUAUUUAUCUGGUAUUUUAUCUAUACAAAAAGCGCAUUUCAAAAUCAAUUUUCCAAUCACUAUAAGUCCCAAUAAAUCUUUUCUUUCUAUGUGUCAAGGUUUGCUUCAGAGUUCAAGUGACACAAAUCAGAAUUUAUUUCGCACAAAAUACGAAAAGACAAUAAUCCGCUUGGCUGUAGAAUGCCCACUGCUUGACAUUAGGUCUGCAAGUGAAGAGUUUCUUCAAGCCAACCGAAUAGUAAAAAUAAAUCAGAGUUACGAUCCAAGAAUUGUUGAAGCGAUAAGUGCUUUCAUUCCCGCCUAUGACGUCAAACCUCUCAAUGGCCAGGGGACUUGUAGGUCUGACGAAGAAAAGUCUCUUUAUCUCUCCACUAUCCAAGAACUUUUCUUCACCUUUGGCCGUGUUGGGCAUAUUGAUAGGAUAAUGGGAGCGUUUCCUGAGUAUAUGCAAAAUCAUUUUGACUUAAUUAAAGAACUUUUAUUUGAAAGCGGGCCUUUGCAGGUUGACUGAAGGAUUUAUAUCGCUUAUAUGGCAUCUGCAGCACACAAGUGUGACUACUUAAUGAGCGCUUGUGAGGAGCAAGGGAAAUUAUAUGGAAGCAAAGCGAGUUGAUUUACUUCUCAAGGAUUCUCAGAAAUUCCAGGAAAAAUAAGGGAUCUGGGAACAGUUAAUAUAAAGCUUGCCCACAGGCCGUGAGAUUUAGAUGAAAAUGAUAUACAGUCUUUAUUAGGGAACUGACAGAUUUCAGAGCUGUGCCAUGCACUUGUGAUUUUAUGCGUUUUUCACUCGUUGAGCAGCCUGGCACUAGGAUUAGGAAUAUGCCCAGAAUAUGAUUUAAUAAGACAUAAUAGAAGAGCGUCAGUAAGUGAUGAAUUGGGAGAAGAUGAAGACGAUUAUGAUAGAACAGCAGGUGGAUACUUAACAUAUAUCCAUUAUGACAUCAUAGCCCAUAGAAGACCAGUUAGGCCGAGUGAUUUCAAUUGAAAUGACCAAGGCUUCAACAUUAUUGAAAAGUGUUUGCCUGGGAUUGCAGAAAAAUUAAUGAACCGAAUAAGAUAUAUCCUAAAACAAAUAAACAUGAGAUUAAUCCGAUAUUUUUUAAAUAAAUUUAAUAAUAAAUUAAAAUAAUUUACAUUUGUAAUGACUUUCGACUCAAUGGGAGGGGAAGAAGGGCAAAACACUGCAAAUCUGAGGAGAGCAAUAUGGAUGUAUACACAAAGAGUCUAUGGACUGGAAUAUGAUGACUAUGACUAUGGAAAUGUCAAUGGGCACAUAAAAAGGCAAACCAAAACAUAUAUAAAGGAAGUAGCUUGUGUUCCGCAUCGGGUCACAAGACGCCAUAUAGACCUUUUGGAUAUGAAAUUGGUCAGUGAAGACAUAAUCCAUAUAAACUUCCUUGUAUGUGAAGCAAGACUUGAGACUGAGCUUAUAUACACAACUAAUGCAGUUCAAGCAUUCAUUUAA